GAACAGCGGCACAAACAUUUCAAAGAUUUACGUUUCUCUCUCUUCUCCGUGACUGUGAACUAACAUCGAGACCCAUUUUCCCAUGCUGACCUAACACUGUUGCAGAGCCCUGAUGUCAAACACGACCAAAGGAGUGCUCCUCUGCCCCAUACUGCAGGACAUGCAAGGGCACAGCCUCAACAAUAACAAACAGGCUAAUUUGGUUGUGGUUGUCGUCCACGGUCUGGUUUCCUGCCUGGGGAUUUUGGAAAAUGCCCUUAUCCUCUGGGUGGUUGGCUUCCGCCUACAGCGUCGCACCGUAUCCUCUGUUUGGGUGCUCAACCUGGCCAUGUCUGACUUCUUAGCCACGCUGACACUCCCCUUCUUCACGUCUUACCUUUACCACUCCCACAGCUGGGAGCUUGGCAACCCCCUCUGCAAGACACAGGCUUCUAUCUUCUUCAUGAACAUGUUUGUGUCGGCCUUCCUGCUCGCAGCCAUCUCACUCGACCGCCUGCUUCUGGUGGUGAAGCCGGUGUGGAGUCAGAAUCACCGGUCAGUGGCAGGAGCAUGGAAGGCGUGUGCUCUGGGUUGGCUGUGGGCUGCGAUAAAUACAAUACCUUACACCGUGUUCCGCUCCGUCAUGAAGAAACAAGAUGGGCGAAAUUUGUGUUAUCACAACUUUGCUUUAAUUCUAUCGUCUCAGACGUCACUGGAGAGAGACUGUGAAGUCAGACAAGCAGCAACAGCCGUCUCCAAGUUGCUGUUUGCAUUCCUUUUUCCCUUGGUAGUGAUUGCAGGGAGUUACAUCCAAAUAGGUCUCUUCCUUAAGAACAGAAGCCAGAGGAGGAAGCAGAGCACCACCAGGCUGAGUGAUGCUCUGAUCACAUCAAACAAAGACAGAACAGCAAGAACUACAACAAUGCCUGUUAAUAUCUUCCUCAAGUCCUCCAGUCCUCCUCAAACCGCGACACCAACUGUCAUGUCACUUGCAACAACCUCUAAUCACACCAGUCAAGGCAUGUUCUCCCAGAGCUUCAUCAGAAUGGUGACAUUUGUGAUCACAGCGUUUGCAUUAUGCUGGGCUCCCUAUCACAUCUUCUGCGCCAUCGAAGUGGCAGCUCAUUACCAGCGAAACAUGCUCAAGUUAGUGGAGGUGGGGCUCCCCCUAGCUACAACCAUUGCAUUCCUGAAUCCCGUGUUGAACCCCGUCCUGUAUGCCUUCAGCUGCCCACACUUCUGUGUGAGAAUACGACAGAGUCUGGGAGCAGUGUUUGACGGACUGGUAGAAGAAGAGGUGGAGUUUCUAACGGCGCCAGGGAAAAGUUUAAGAGCGCAUAUCCAAUGGAAAAGUAGCCGAGAUGUGAACUUCCCAACAAAGUCACCCUGUAAAUCACAUGUUAUCCAACAACACUUGCCCCUCCCUUCGGACUGUGAAGGCACUGAAGACUGUCACAUGCAGAAUACAGAACAAGACUCGAGAAUUGAGGUGGAGCAGAGCUGAGACACUGCAGACGUAGAAUUCAUAAUGCAUCUUAUAUCAUGUCAUGGCGUGGCUCUACAGGGAUCACGGCGAUUGGGUUGGUCCGCCACUCUGGUCCAGACAAAAAUAUCCACAUAACUACAGCACGGACUGACAUUAAGUUAUGUAACGUCAUCUGUGUUGCUGAGAGGAUGAAUCCUACAGACUGUGGUGACACUAGUUGGGGGAACCUUUAUACAAAAGAGGUUAAAUAAAUUUACUUCCAAGAUGCCUAUAGAUGCUGCACUAAAUUAUGCUUGAUAGUGAAUGAUUACUAUAUAAUAAUACAUUUAUUCUGUGUAGGUUUAAAGGGCGAGUGCAUAACAUGUAGAAGUGUUUGGAAUUCCUUUAUUGUCACUGUAGGGUCAUACAUGAUUACGGUGUAAAGUUAAAAUGCAGGGUAUGCAAUAAUUUGAGAGUAAAUAUAAAGACUGAAUAUCUUAA